UUUUGAAGUAACACGGCCGGAAAUUACGGUUAUUUUCCCGAAACUUGUCUUCCUGGUUAAAAGUCGCAAACGUAUUGAGUCAAGAAGAUGGAAAAAUAAACAACAACAUUGGCGUUUUCACUCGCUUUUGCUGCGGCAGGACACCGGCUCACCUGUCGUGGUUGCCAUGGCGACGGCAUUGCUGCGGGUGGCGGUGAUUGGCGCGGGGGCAGCGGGUCUGUGCGCGGCCCGACACGUGCUGUCCAGACCGGACCGGUUCGCACCGCCGGUCGUCUUCGAGCUGGCCGCCGAUGUGGGUGGAACUUGGUGCUACCAGGAGCGGGUAGGACCAGAUGUGCGAUGCAGCAUGUACAAGAACCUCAGGACCAACCUCCCCAAAGAGGUGAUGAUGUUCCCGGACUUCCCCUUCGAUCAGGAGCUCAGCAGCUUCCUGACGCACCAGGAAGUGCAGCGCUACCUGGAGGACUACUGUCGCCACUACAACAUCUUCCCCCACAUCAGUUUCCAUAGCACAGUGGAGGAGGUGAAACCCGUCGUCGUGACAACGGACAGCGACAAGGAGAUGACCCUAACCACCUGGGAGGUGACGGCACGCGAUGGCUCAGGAUGCCGGACCACCGACACCUUUGACGCGGUCUUCGUGUGUUCGGGGCAUUACUCGGAGCCCAACAUCCCCACGUUACCCGGCAUCGAGAACUUCAAAGGACAGGUUCUCCACAGUCACGCAUACAGGAGCGCAGAACCCUUCUCGUCUCGCUCUGUGGUGGUCCUGGGAGCCAAGGCAUCCGGCAUAGACAUCUCCUUGGAGUUGGUCAAAGUGGGUGCCCAGGUGACGCUGAGUCACCGCGGUCGUCCUUUGAGCACCUGUCUUCCGCCUGAGAUCCGCCAGUCGAGUCCGCCCGCGGCGGUCGAGGACGAUGGCAGAAUUCGCUUCCAGGACGGCUCGGUGCACAGUGCCGACGUGAUGCUGUUCUGCACGGGGUACAAGUUCAGCUUUCCUUUCCUGGACAGCGCUCAGCUGGGCAUGGAGAUCGACGACCAGUUGGUGGCGCCGUUGUACCGCUUCAUGAUGCUGCCCACCUUCCCCUCACUAUUCUUCGUCGGACUCUGCAAGCUCAUCUGCCCCUUCCCUAACUUCCAUUGCCAGGUCCAGUUCGCCCUGGCCGUGCUGUCCGGCUCAGUGUCGCUGCCCUCCCGAGCUCAGAUGGCGGCGGAAGCGCGGCAUGGACUGCAGCAGAGGGCGGACGGCGGCGUGGCCCGGCACCACCUACUGGUGUUGGGCGCGGACCAGUGGGAGUACCUCGCCACGCUGGCUAACGACGCCGGCUUCUCGCCGCCGCCUCCGGUGGUGCGCAGCCUGUACGAGGAGGUGUGGCGGCAGCGGCGGCUUCACCCGGACAACUACCGCAAGCACAACUACCGGUUGCUUAGCGACACCCAGUGGCAGGUGCUGGACACUGCAAGUUCACCGACGUGACGCCACAUUGACUCAGUCAUCAGCACCUUGUUGUUGUUGUGACUUUCGGCUUGUCCCAAGGUAGUAAUUACACAUUUAUUCCUUUAUAUUAACUUGAAUGAUGUUUUAUUAUGUUUGUACACAAUGCAGUGCUAUUUGUCUUUAUUAAACACAAGAGAUGUCUGAGUACCAAUACCAGACAUCGGCAUGGUAGAUUGCAAACACAUAACUUUGCCUAAUAGUCUACUAGCUUAAUGCCAACACACGAUGUGAAACUCCAUAGACAUGCUAACAAAUAGCAUCAAUGUGACAGUGUUAUAAUGC